CGAGGGUAGACAUGGCUCUCUUGGGCACAUCCCGGAGUUGCCUGUUGUGUCCAUUCAGUAGGUCGGCGGCGAUAUUGGGUGUCAGAUGGCUCCAGCCCCAGGCCUUCUUGCAGCUACCUGACGCCUGGGGACUCCCAGUCACGCAGCCGAGCCGGGGCAAGGCACGGGGGAAUGAGUACCAGCCAAGCAACAUCAAACGGAAGCACAAGCACGGUUGGAUAAAGCGCUUGAGCACGCCGGCUGGUGUUCAGGUCAUCCUUCGCCGCAUGCUCAAGGGCCGAAAAUCGCUGAGCCAUUGAACGCGACGCUGCCUAUGAGACCCCCCUGGCCCCCCCCAAACAUUUUCCUCGAUUCUCCUGCUGCUGUUUUUGUGAGGAGGUUGGAUGACUCAGACAUGAGUGCUCCUCCAGAAGGGGGAGUAGGAAGUCAGACCUUGCCAAGUCCCUUUUUACGCUUUUGAAUUAAGAAUUUCCAACAUACGGCAACAGUUCAUGGAAUAGUAUAGUGAAUCUCGUGUAUCCACCCAUUUCUGACUACCAAUGAACCACAAGCCAUCAUCCCCUCUCCUGUUUUUUGAAGCAGACCUCAGGAAUCAGGUUAUUACUUAUGUAAAUAUUUAAGAGUGCAUCUCUCCAAGAUAAGGACCCUUUAAAACUUAACCAUAAAACUUUUUCGCACAAAAAGUCAGUAAUUCCUUAAUAUCAUUAAAUAUCUAAAUUUCCA